CUAAAUAGUAAACAAUCAAAGGAACCUAAACCAUUCAAGAUUGUAUUAAUUGGUGAUAGUGUAACUGGAAAGACAUGUAUUGUUGAACGUGCCGUAAAGAAUAGGUUCACAAAGAAUACAAGUGUAACCUUAGGACAUUCUGUUGUUAUUGCCAGUGGUAACAAGGUAAUGUUGGAUUUAUGGGAUACAACAGGUCAAGAGAGGUUCAACAGUAUGAUGCCAAUGUUUUAUAGAGGUGCGUCAGCUGCCAUCCUUGUAUAUGAUGUGACUAAUAGGAUGUCAUUGUUUAGACUACAGAGAUGGGCAAAAGAGGUACAGGAUACUACAAAGAAGGCAUUGGUAUUGGCCAUCGUUGGAAAUAAGAUUGACCUACCUGAUCGUGGUGUUUGCGAGGAAGAGGUUAAUUGUGUUGCAGCCGAGAUAGGUGCCAAUGCAAUCAUAAUGGAGACAUCAGCAUUGACAGGUCAGAACAUCAAUGAGUUGUUCAUUGCAGUGGCCACACGCUUGAGCGAGACCCAAGGAGUAGUGAAU